GCCAGACAUGGCAGGGCUUCGAGGAAGGAUCUUGACUUUCCCAACUUCAUCACACCUUGGGAGAGCAUCGAAACCCGUCACAACAAGGCGAUUUUACUGUUUCGACCUCAAUUCCAGCUCCUCUUAUUAAACCACCCUACAUCUAGGACAGAAAGCAACAAUGCCUCCACGGCACCAGACCCUCCCGCCGGCGCAGACCUCGUCGGCGCGCGAGGCGCUCCAGUCCUUCUACUGCCAGCUCUGCAGCAAGGGCUACUCGCGCAUGAACGAGUAUGAGGCGCACCUGAGCAGCUACGACCACAGCCACAAGCAGCGGCUGAAGGACAUGAAGGCAAUGGUGCGGGACCCGACGGCGGCGGCGCGGGCGCGGCGGGCCGAGCAGAAGCAGAACGAGGGCGGCGUCAUCAGCAUCAAGCUCGGCGGCGGCGGUGGUAACAAUUCUUCUGACGGAGUGGGAGGGGGAGGGUUUAAGAAGGGUGGGUUUAAGAAGACCGGGUUUAAGAGUGCUUUUGUGCCUGUUGGUACUACUACUGGUAGUAGUAGUACUGCACCGGCGCCGGUGAGGGAGGAUGUUGGCGGGUUGGGGAAGAGCAGGCAGGAGGGGGAUGUGGUGAAGAAGACGGCGGCGGCGGCGGCGAAGAGCGAACUGGUCGAGAGCGAUACGGAUGACGAGGGGUAUGAGGUCUAUGACCCGCGGAAGCCGACUGAUUGAAGCGUCGGUUAGAGAGGCGAAGUGGGUGAUUUGCUUGGAAGACCCGGCUACCGAACAUCGGACUUGGGGGAGCUUUUCCGUGACAACACCUAGUGUCGCCGGGAUAAAUCACGGAUAUGACGGAGUCCAUUCCAGCGUGGAUGGGAGCUAUGUUCUCCUUUUGGCUAUGUCCAGAAAGCAACAUCUACCACCCUGAAAGUUACCACGCCUGCCCAUACAUACGAACCCGAAACGCCGUCACCGUACAGCCCGACCUACCUAGCGAGUCAUCGUCCUGCCUAGGUACCUAUGGCCCCCCCAUGGACGACCACAACCGCGGCUCAAACUCGGACAGAUCCUCCUCCAACAGCCCCAAAAUAUGGGUAUUCCCGGAGAACCAGUUGCCCAGCUCAUUCGCCUGGCUGGCACCGCUGAACUCGGCAAUCGCCACAUCACCACCCUCCCCACCAGCGAACGGCGGCGCGCCCGGAAUCGUCGGAUGAGCGCCAAACUGCUGC